AUGGCUUGGUCGAAAACCACCCGGAUCAGCAUAAUGCUGGCCAUUGAUAUCGCCUUCUUUCUCAUAGAGUUGAUAUCGGGUUUUAUGGUCCAUUCCUUGGCAUUGAUGGCAGACGCGUUCCACAUGCUGAACGAUAUCAUCUCGCUGAUUAUUGGUCUGUGGGCUGUGACUGUCGCCAAGAGAGAAACUACCAACAAAUUUUCUUACGGCUGGGUUCGCGCCGAAAUCCUCGGUGCCGCUUUCAACGCUGUUUUCCUAAUCGCCCUUUGCGUCUCUAUCAUUCUCGAAGCGUUAACUCGGUUCAUCGAGCCUCAGGAAGUCUCGAACCCGAAACUUAUUCUUAUCGUGGGCUGCUGCGGGUUGGCCUCGAAUCUAGUCGGGUUUUUGGUUCUAGGAGGACAUGGGCAUGAUCACGGCGAACAUUCCCACGAUGACGACCACGACCACGACCACGGACACGAACAUGUUCACAAGCACGAUGGCAUUAGAGCCGCUGAGGAGGGUAGAGUAACAGCCACUGAGGAAUUUAUAGACGAGAACGGUCCGGUGGGAGAUAUACUGCCCGAAGUUACGGUAGCAAGAGCUCGCGCUGCAAACGCCUCACCAGAGACCGUUCGUCACAUCCAAUUCGAGCAACUAGGAAGGCCGGAUCUUCACGAACGAGGCGGUAGUCGGAGCUCCGGUCCUAGGGGAAGAGACCGUCGACGCGCAGGCAGCCUUAAGCAUAGCCGUUUAGCUAGUAUCGAUGAUUUCAGCAUCCACCCGGCGAGCUUCAGACAAGACAUCAUCGAACAUAGCCGAUCCAGCCAUAACGAGGAAACCGAUGAGAGUUCUAUUGACGAUAAUUAUACGGACUCUCCUGUUCGUGACGAAUCAGCUAUUGACGAGACCACACCCCUAGUAGCGAACGAGCGUGUAGCAGAUAAGUCGUCCGCUCACAAGGGUCACUCAAGCCGGUCGAGAAGUUCUCAUCGCCAUCAUCGUACUAGACGUGACUCAGGAACGCACUUAGACCAUCACCACAACAGGCCGAAGUCUAGGUCGAGGAAGAAGGGACACGGUCAUAGUCAUAACCACGCCGACAUGGGCAUGAACGCUAUGAUCCUCCAUGUCUUGGGUGAUGCUCUAGGAAACGUUGGUGUCAUCGCUACCGCCCUGAUUAUCUGGCUCACUGAUUGGCCGGGACGAUACUACGCUGAUCCGGCUGUGUCAUUAUUUAUUACCCUUAUCAUUCUUAGAUCGGCAAUUCCCUUGACGAAAGCGACGGCCCAGGUGCUGCUACAGGCUACGCCGGAUCACAUCGAUGUCCAAGACAUUAAAGAGGAUAUCCAGGCUCUACCAGGCGUAAUUAGCUGCCACCACGUCCAUAUCUGGCAACUUUCCGACACAAAGGUGAUCGCGUCGCUGCACGUGCAGGUCGCAUUUCCAAUCACGAGCGAGGGGGGAGAGAGGUACAUGAAGCUCGCUAAACAAGCACGGAAAUGCCUUCACGCCUAUGGCAUCCAUAGCGCCACUAUACAACCCGAGUUCUGUCUGGACCAAGACUGCGCUCCUAUUGACGACGGCUCUACGACGCUCGACGGACAAGCCUCGCCACGCUAUCCACCCGAUGUGUGUCUUCUAGAAUGCGUAGAUGACUGCGUGGGCCAAGGUUGCUGUCCGCCACCUUCGGGAACGGCCUCUAAGGCAGGAUCGAGCCGCAGAUCCAGUCACUCGGCAUCUCACGAUCACAACGGGGACAGUGAUCACGGACAUGGACAUCACCAUUAG